GAAAAACCUUUCAGAACAACGCCACAAUGUUAAAAUAUUAGAUGCCAAAAUUUUCGUAGCGAGACUCCCGAAGAGCCUCUUUUCAAAACUAUGCUUUUAAUAAGGAGUCUAGUAAUUGUGUUUUUAGUAGCGAUAAGCGAGUUCGAUCGAAACUUUGCCAUAAACCAUGACAAUGCUGGAAUAGUUCUAAGGGAAAUAAACAAGAGAAGAGAUCGCCAUGGAGUCCCAAAAUUGACAUUGGACAACGUGCUCAGUAAGGGAUGCCAAAGUUAUGCUUGGAAACUGUCCAAGUCGGCGACUCUUAACUAUUCGGACCCCACUAACAAGGAUUACACAGAAAGCAUCUGCAGAUUUGAAGUAAAGAGGGGAGCACUGUCGAGAUGUGUCAAGAACUGGUAUAAUGGAAGGAAGUUCGAUAUUUUAGACCCCAAGGCUAAAGAUUUUACUGCCAUGAUUUGGAGGUCGUCCGUUUCCUUGGGAUAUGGCGACGCUAACAUAAAUGCUCUUCAAGGGGUUUUCGUGGUCAGAUAUACUCCACCUGGGAAUGUGAAAGGAUUAUACACGGAUAAUGUUCCUCCCAGGAAAAGAAAACAAAAGAAAAAAAAGAGGGAAAACAAACAAAAAGAAGACUGUGCGAGUCGUCAGGAUAAUCGAUAUGUCUUAUUGUUGUCCAUUCUUUCCUUGGUGUCUACUAAUUGGCAAAGUUGAUGUCUACUAUCUGGAACUAGUUAGUCAUAGUCUUAUUAAUAGGACCAAAACUAUCCUCCAUGCCAAACGAAAAUUAUUUGUGUAAGUCAAAUAUUUGUAUGCUGGACAAAAUCAAGCAAUGUGUGUUCUAUCGCCUUGGUUUGGUCAUUAUAAAUGUGUAUGUAUUAUAUAUGUAUGCAUAAACGUUUUUAAGUUUUUCUUCGUUGGCACAUCGUAGGCACCGAACGCUCGGACAUGUUCCCUGAUUCGGACCGCAUUGAUGGCGAUAAAUCCACCGGCAUCCUGCGGCACAUAGCCACCAUGGACGUCCAUAGAUACGAGCUGUUCGUUGUAAAGAGCUCCCACAUCCUUCGCCGCCUUUCGGGCGAUGGCACGGCAAUAGCCUGGGGCCAGUUCCACGGUGACCUUCCCGGAGACCCGCUGCUCGGCCAACUCGAUACAUUUACGGGCAUAAAUUGCCUCGGGACUGAACCAGAAGCCAUUGUACACGUAGUCGGCCAUGCGAUCCCGGAGAACCUGCUUGGUGCGGAGUACUUCGCGGUCCAAAGCAAACACCUCGAGGUCCUGGUGGGCAGCAAAGAGGAUGGUGCCUCCAGGCGUCUCGUACACCCCCCGGGACUUCAGUCCCACAAAGCGAUUUUCCACGAUGUCAAUCCGCCCAAUGCCAUAUGAUCCGCCAAGCUUAUUGAGGAAAUCUAGCAUCUCCAGGGGUUUAGUGUAGACCCGACCGCCGGGCAAAUCCUCCACACUGGAGGGCAGUCCCCGAUCAAAUUGAAUGACCAAGUGAACCGGAUCCCGUGGAGCCCUUGUCAGGGGAUCGACUGUCAUCUCGUAGAGAUUUUCCGGAGCCACUGUGUUGGGAUCUUCGAGUAUUCCGGACUCGUAGCUGAUGUGCAGGAUGUUGGCAUCGGUGCUCCAGGGUGUGGCUGGCUUGGCGCUUACCUCGAUUCCGUGUUGCUGGGCAUAGGCAAUGAGGUCCUGUCGACCUUGAAACUGGCAGCAGAAUUCUACAUCCCUCCAGGGAGCGAUGAUCUGGAAAAAAGUCGAUUUCGCGUUUAUAGCACAGUCAAAUCUUUAAAUUUGAUCACAUAUGUAUAUUAAAUUUCUAUUUUCUAUUUGUCGGUUG